GAUUUACUUCUAGAUCUAUAUAGAUCUGAUUCUUCCUCAUUAAAUAUUCUCUUAUUCCACAAGAAGUAUCUGUAUUAUCUACAUAGGUCUAUAGAUCUAUCCCUUAUAGAUCUAGCCUUUUAUUUAUAGCAGUAGAAAAACUUUCGCAACUGACGUAUUUUUUUUUUUUGCUCUCCCUAAUUCAAAGCAUACAAAAAUUAAAAACAUUUUUAAUACGCAUGCGUGAUAGAGCAGUUUCCUUCUGCUGUUUGUUUUCUAAGGUGUUGUUAACCAAACGGUGACAAAUGCCUAUGCUAUGUUAAUGUUGCAUUUUAAUGUGUUCUUCAGACUUACUGUGAUGAAGACACAAAUGAAUUAUUGUGGAAAUGGAUGAGUUAAAAUUACAAGAAUCCCAAAAAAUUGAAGAGUUGAUGAGAAACACAUGUGUGACUGCACCUCAAGCUAAAGACAUUUUAAUAAGAAACAGAUGGAGCAUGUCUGAAAGUUAUCGUGAAAUAGAACAGAUGUGUAGAGCCUCCGCACAGCAUAAUAACAGACUGCGUCAAACAAAUUAUAAUUAUGGGCAGAAUUCACCCCCCUACCACAGGGCAAUUGAAAUGGGAGUAGGCAGAGCGGUUAAUCUGCCACAGGCGCCCCCUCCUUACAACUCACUGCAAUUCUCCCCAGCACCCCAUACAACUACUAGCCAGCACUCUGCUUUGUCAGUUCAGUUGCCUGAACAAUUUUUACCCAUUCACAUUGAAGGAGGUAGGACAAUAAGUGUUUCACAGACUCAGUUUGAACAAAUGAAGCCAUCCAGAACUUCAGUGGUCACACCUCCUACCUAUCGCCCUAGUUCCCAAUGCUAUGGAACUCAAGAGAGACCCCCUUCUGGUAACAUUUACCAGCCCCAAAAGAAUAAGCCUGAGCCAUUGCAAAAGCAAAAGAUGGAAAUCCCUGUGAUGCAUAAGGAUGACAGCCAUCUUGAGGAUGAUGAUAUAUUUGAUGACAGAAUCAUACCCAUACAACAAACAUUUAAUACAUAUCCCAGGCUAAAACGUGGAUUUUCUAAUAUUCUGGAAAAUGAGGGUCUUGUGUCUGAAGCUAGGCACAGAGUGCAGUCUGAUAUUCUAAAAGAUAAUCAUGACAACAUGUAUGUUCAGACUUUUGUCUUACCUGAUAUGACUAUCUACCCUGAUGACUUUAGAGCCUUUUUGGAAAAGGAUUUGAUUGAGACAUCUACAUUAGUCUCAUUGGAACAAGCUGGUCGACUGAAUUGGUGGGCAGAGCUACGGCUUUGCCAGAGGUUGUUGCCUAUGGCAACGAGUGGCGAUGGUAACUGCUUAUUGCAUGCUGCUUCUCUAGCUAUGUGGGGUAUCCAUGACAGGCAAUUGAUAUUGAGAAAAGAGCUACAUGACACAUUGACUACUGCCCCUUACAAAGAUGCCUUAUACAGGCGAUGGCGUUAUCAGCAAACAUUAAGCAAUAAACAGUCAGGGCUUGUUUUUAACGAAGAAGAAUGGCAGGAAGAAUGGAAUAAUAUUCUGCGCUUGGCAUCACCUCAACCUAGAAGUGCUCCUGAUCCAAUGAGAUUCAAUAAUUGCUGUGAUAGUCCUGUUACACAAGGAAAAUGUGAUGAGCCGGUGGUGUAUGAAAGUUUGGAGGAGUUCCAUGUGUUUGUUUUAGCCCAUGUCCUUCAGAGGCCCAUCAUUGUUGUGGCUGAUGCCAUCUUAAAAGAUUCUAAUGGAGAUGCCUUGGCUCCCAUACCAUUCCCUGGAAUCUACCUACCGUUGGAGGUGGCUGGCUACUACAAGUCCCCACUCUUGCUUACUUAUGAUGCUGCACACUUCUCUGCCCUCUCUCCCAUGGAGCAAAAUCCUAAUGUCCUUCCAGUACUUCCAGCUGCUAUCCCCUUAGUGGACCCAGAGCUGAAACUCCUGCCUCUUCAUUUUUACAAAGACCCUGGUCCUCGUGUUGACUGGAGCAAAGAGCUUGUAGAUGAGCCCAACAUAGAACAUAAGCUCAAUCUCCUGCACAGGUUUUUAGAUGUGGACAAACUGGCCAUCAGACUGACUGAGAUCAACGGUGACAGCGACAGAGGCUCUUGUGGCUCUCAAGACUCGGAUGAGAACACAUCUUUAUUCAAAGAGAAAAAGGACAAAAAGAAAGAGGCGCGUAUGUCUCAGACAGUGGCGAAGCAGUUUGGCAGCAUCGGCAAGAGUAUGGGUAAAAAGCUUAAGCAGCUGGGAAAGACUGGCAAGUCGGAAAAGAGCCGUCAGACAAUUAGUGGGGAUGUAGCCCAGAAUGCCAGAGUGAUAUCGAAUUAUAACAACCAGCGUAAUUGUGUAGAAUAUAUACUGGUGGCCAAGUUGUCAGAGAAAAGAACUAAACAACAGCAAGCGCUUAUUGACAACUACCUGGUCAGUGCCAAGGAAAGAUUUGAAGAUGAACGUGAGCUGAAGAGGAAAAGUGACACAGAGUUGAGAGGUAAAGGGGCUCAGUACCCUCCUACCACUAAUUGCCACACACCUGGUUGUCCAUUGUACAACACUGCUCAGUCUGAUUUCAUUUGCUCUAAAUGCAAGGCUGCUCGACAUAGUGAGCCAGAUACGGAGGAAAGGAACAGGAGCCACUCUGUUUACAACACUUACCCUGGCCGGGGGAAGCAGUCACCACUUUCUGACGAAAUAUACAUCUAUGGCAAGUCCAAAUUUUAUACAUCCAGCAAUGAGAGUUCUCUGCAUCAAGUUUCAGAACACUUAGAUCCACAAUCUUACUACUCCAACAGAGCCCCAAGAACAAGGUCUCCAUCUCCAGACUAUGACAAUUUCCCAACAAGAAAGCCAGUCUCAUCAUUACAAUCGCAAUGCAAGACACCUAACUGUAAUUUCUAUGGAAGCCAUGAAUGCAAUGGUUUCUGUUCCAAGUGCUUUAAGAAUAAUAAGGAAGAAACUAAACUUGUACAAGCUAUAACAAAGUUAUAACCUGUUCUGUGAUAGAUUAGCCCAGUCGUUCCUCUAUGAAUAGCACCUCCUGAGGCAAUUUUCGCAGAGUACAAAUCAUUAAAAGUUUGCUUUCAGAUUUAAAUUGAUAGUGAAAUAUCUUAAAAUUUAAUAUUACUGUUGCAUAUUUUAGGUGUUUGCACACAGUUCAAACCUUUUUUUUUUAAUUCUCAUUAAAUAACAUAGCUAAUAAAAAUAUUUGUAACUGAUUAGGAUAGAAAUGUAAAUUUGUCUUUUUUUCACAAAGAUUCACUCAUGAAACAUUUUGUACACCUUGAUUCUACUGCUCAAAUACCUUGUCGGUGAAAUAUUAUUUGAUCUUCAUGAAUAGAAAUCACUAACUGUUCUAUAUUCGUCUCAUCCUGUCUCAGAGCCUUUUAGCUUCUCGCUAUUAUAUAUGUUGUUUGACUCAUAUUCUAGCCCUAAAUCUGUGCCUCAUGUCUCUUGCUUGGAGCAAGACUUUGCUUGUACACAAUUUUCUUCAGCCUUAAGAAUUGCUCUUUUCUUAAGUACUAUUUUAAGCAAAAAGAGUUCAUUUUGUAUGAUAUUAUCUGAGCUGCUUCAUUGUUUGCUUUACUGCAACUCUGGAAUUUGUGUUAAUUUAUUUUCUCAAGGGGAUAUGAUAACUGGGACUUUUUUGUGUAAGUAGACCUUGUGGAAAGUGGAAUGAGCAUGGCUGUGAGAGUAUGCUUCUCAACUUUCCAGGGCUGCAUGGUUUGAUGUGCAGUUGUGUUCUCAAGACAAGAGCUAAUGUAACAAUCUCUAUGGGUCAGUGCACUUGUGCUAAUCUAGUGCAGAUGCCUAAGCUGGUGCUGGUUUAUCUCCUGUACAAAUGUAGGCUACACAGGUCAGUGUAGGUCGUCCUCUAGUAUAGACUUAACUGUUUGUUGUAUACAAGUUUUCAGCUUUAAUUUGUGUGUGCUGUGGUUCUUCACAAGUUUUGUACAGAAUAUUAUGUUUUCACUAGUGUUGUAUAUUUUGAGGGUAUUUUUUUCUUUCUUGUUGGGGGGGAGGAACUGAGGAGGGUUUUUCUUUUUAAAUUGUUUCUAUAUACUUCAGAUAUCUGCAAUCUCAGACUAAUUGUGGCAAUUUUUUUUUUCUUGGAAUGCUUCAAUAAUAAUUUUUAAAAAAUAUAUAUGUAUAUACAUAUAUAUAUAUUCAAGCAGUUUGUACUGAAGACCAGCCCAUUCCAUCUUUCACGCUGCUCUUGAACAUUUUAUUUUACUCCUUAUCUGUCUCCUAGCACAUAUUCUGAGAGUCUAUGAAUGUUUCUUUUGUCAGAAACUGUUGGCUGAUGACAUAUCGUGUGUACAUUAUUAUUACUUUUAUGGAGGAUGUUGAGCCUCAUGUUGUGAUUUUUUUUAUGCACUGAUAUUUUAAUUUGAGAAUUAAAUAUUUGCAUGCAAAAGCCCAUACAUAAUUACUUUAUAAACAUUUAUUAAUAUAUAUUUUCUGUGAAAAAAAAAAUGCAUUUUAAAAUUAAUUGAAAUUUAGAAUGAAGUAUUCUUCUAUGAUAUGUAUCCCACAUUAGUAUGACUAAAACACUCUUUAUUCUUGAAACAAAAUUUGUGUUACAAAUGAAUAUUGUAAGUGUAAGCAUUUCUUUCACCACCAUUCAGUAUUAUCAUGACCUAUUUAAAGCAACUGUCCUACUUUAUGUUGAAAGAAUGAGAUUUGAAAACAAAUUUUGUGUGGGCUGCAACUCUCCCUGUCAUUUAGGUUUUUCUAAGUUUAGUUUUACUAGAUCUAAGUUGUUUUUUUUCCAGUAAAUGGCCAUAUGCAAUUCAUUGAGAUUUAUAGAUUGUGUAAAAUGGUUGUUUUAGACUUAUGUCUGUCAAGGAUGAUUAGAUAUUUUGUUUUAAACAAAAAAAAUAGAUUUUAAAAUUUUCUAAUGA